GGAAGCGCCGCCCGGGCCCGGCGCCCAAGCGCAACCCGGCCCCGCCUCACGCAGGCGGCACCGCCUCUACUUAAAGCGCGCUCGGCACUACUGCCGCCUCCUCGUGCCCGCCGGCCCCGCAGCUCCACCAUGUCGGAUCGGCUGCCCUACAAAGUGGCUGACAUCAGCCUUGCAGACUGGGGCCGCAAGGCCAUUGAGAUUGCAGAGAAUGAGAUGCCAGGGCUGAUGAAGAUGAGGGAGAUGUACUCUUCAUCCAAGCCCCUGAAAGGUGCCCGCAUCGCUGGCUGCCUCCACAUGACGGUACAGACAGCAGUGCUCAUAGAGACCCUCAUCGUGCUGGGGGCUGAGGUACAGUGGUCAAGUUGCAACAUUUUCUCCACUCAGGACCAUGCUGCAGCUGCUAUUGCAAAAGCUGGUAUCCCUGUGUUUGCCUGGAAAGGGGAGACAGAUGAGGAAUACUUGUGGUGCAUCGAGCAGACCCUGUACUUCAAGGAUGGGCAGCCCCUCAACAUGAUUUUGGAUGAUGGUGGAGAUCUUACCAACCUAGUUCAUACCAAAUACCCACAGCUGCUGAAAGGAAUUAGAGGUAUUUCAGAAGAGACAACCACGGGCGUUCACAACCUGUACAAGAUGAAGGCCAGUGGGACCCUGAAAGUGCCAGCUAUCAAUGUGAAUGACUCUGUCACUAAGAGCAAGUUUGAUAACCUUUAUGGCUGCAGAGAGUCCCUCAUCGAUGGCAUCAAGCGUGCCACAGAUGUCAUGAUUGCUGGGAAGGUGGCAGUGGUGGCAGGAUAUGGGGACGUGGGUAAGGGCUGUGCCCAGGCCCUGCGGAGCUUCGGAGCCAGAGUCAUCAUCACGGAAAUCGAUCCCAUCAACGCGCUCCAGGCAGCCAUGGAAGGUUAUGAAGUUACAACUAUGGAGGAGGCCUGCAAAGAGGGCAACAUCUUUGUCACCACCACUGGCUGCACUGACAUUGUGCAGGGCAGGCACUUUGAGCAGAUGAAGGAUGAUGCUAUAGUGUGUAAUAUAGGCCAUUUUGAUGUGGAAGUUGAUGCCAAGUGGCUGAAUGACAAUGCAGUGGAGGCAGUGAAUGUCAAACCUCAGGUGGAUCGCUACACGCUGCGCAACGGCCGCCACAUCAUCCUGCUGGCCGAGGGCCGCCUGGUCAACCUGGGCUGUGCCAUGGGCCACCCCAGCUUCGUCAUGAGCAACUCCUUCACCAACCAGGUCCUGGCACAGAUCGAGCUCUGGACCCACAGUGACAAAUAUGCUGUGGGGGUCCACUUCCUGCCAAAGAAGCUGGAUGAAGCUGUGGCUGCUGCUCAUCUGGACAAGCUGAGUGUGAAGCUGACAAAGCUGAGUGACAAACAGGCCAAAUACCUGGGCUUGUCCAGAGAUGGGCCCUUCAAGCCAGACCACUACAGAUACUGAGCAGGUGGCACUACCCAAAGACCAAAGUGCAGGGAUACAACCUUCCAAAGCUCCUGUGUGUGCUGGGCUUCUGAGGACAAGCCUUUUGCCAUUUUCCCCUCAGUGCUGCACAACUCUUCCCCUUACCAGGGAACCUUCAGGGCCCUGUCAGUGGAAGAGGUUUACUGACUCCUGGAAUUAGAAUUGGUUACUUAGCUAAUGUCACAGUGAAAAGAAUCCUAUGCACCUUUUGUUGGUUUGUAAUGCUCCAGUAAGGGGAGCAGGACAGAAGGUGGCUAAAUGAGAAUGUGUAGUCUUGUCAUACAAGUGGCUGACAGCUUUGAGCAGUCUCACCAGUGAGGUGGGGAACGGUUUCUGCAGGGAGAUGCUUUUGCCAUGCCCUGCUCCAAUCAGGUGAAUCCCAUUAGGGACUGGCACUGUCAGGCCCUCUCCACAACUGUGCCCUGGUAAAGUGCAUGUUGUGAAACUGGGGGAAAUAGGGAGGAUAUGAAUUGCUUGGUCUCCUUGCUGUAAAAUCAACUCCACCUCCUAUUCAGAGAUUAGAGCUGGAGCUUUUUCUUGGGUUAAUUUACUCCAUCAGCUUUGAUCAGAACAAAGACCCAUUUUGUGCUUCUGCCAUACCAGCUUGAGGAGGGGUGAGGCAAGAGAGACUUUUAGCUUUCCAAGUGUGUUGUGAGCAGCUGAGGAGCCACUGAGGGCGUGGUUUGGUUUAGGGUCCUUGUUCAAUCCUCUGCAGACACCAGCAGCACACUGCUACUCCCAACUUGAUUUCUCUGAGUUGUCAUGUCUGCUGUAUCAUGUUUGUCACUGACUUCAAGUGCUUUUAUUAAAGAUCUGACUGUGGCCUGA